CUUCAGUUGCUAUCGCUACACGAGUUCUCCGUAGAUGAUUGGCAGCUGCAUACCUUCAGCGGAGCUGGCAACGCUCUGGCAGGCAGGUACACCGAGGCUGCGAACCAUCACCUCUCAGUAUCAAACCCUUCGAAUAGGCCAGGAUUUAUCGAUGAGUAUGGUGGGCAGGGAACGCAAUGACACAGCAGGUUAUGACUGGAGCAGGAGGCACGAAGAAAGCCAGAAGAUACGUUCCCACGUCCCUCAGAGUCAACAGGGCAACGAGCCAAGGCCACGUCGAACGGAACUCGCAUCAUCGGUGUAGUACUGAAAGCAUCCCUGUCACUUCCUCAGUCCCGUGCCGCCUCCUUCGAAAGUCAAAUACCUCUGCCCUCCCACUCUCACUUAUCCGUCCCUCUCGGCCUCCUGUGUCCAAUCAGGGGCUUCUUUCCCCACAUCUUGGCAUUCUCAGCCUUCCUCGCGCGCACCGACCUUUUGCCCUUCUGCACGCCCCCUGCCGCCGUCCUGCAGCCCCGGCUGCACGAUGGACCAACAGUUGGAGCUCGACUAUGACCUUGACGAAGCGGUCAGUCUGUUUCUGGAGCAGCAUCCCUGCGAGGACAACGUACAAGACCGGAGCGCCUACCAGGGCGACCGGUGAGUAAAAAAAAAGGACAGGGGCUGACGAGGGCAAAUGGUAGCCUCCUUGCCACCUCGACGACCAGUCAGCUAGGGCUCGAGAAAGCU